AUGGCAGAGGCUGACAAGGCUGAUGAGGGGUGGGUGGCCAAGGAGAUUGCAUGUGGAAGGGCCAAUGAAGACAUGCAGAUGGAGGAAGAGGUUGUGCAGGCUGUCAGUGAGCAAGGUGUGAGUGUUGCAGUGCUGGUGGCGACAGAGAAAAUGUCACAUGUUGAGGUAGUAGCCUGGCCAGUUCAAAAGCAAUUGUGGCAGACUGUUGCAGAGAGCAUGGACAAAGACAAGCUGAAGAUCAUUGUCCCACCCAGUUUGAUUCUCCACAAGAUGAAGCAGGGGUGUGAAAAGUUGACAAAGGCCAUGGGAAAGAAGGCACAGGCAGGCACAUUGGUCACACAGUCCUUGAAGGCUGUGAAGGCUGGCCUGUCCAAGAGGGCCACUGACGAUGACACUUUGUGCUUGACAGACUACAUCUCCACAGCAAAUGUUGGGGAAUCUCCAACCCAAUCUGGUGAUUCUCCAGGCCAUGCUGGGGAUUCUCCAACCCACCCUGGGGAUUCUCCAAGGAAUGCUGGGGAUUCUCCAGACAAUGUUGGGGAUUCUCCAGGCAAUGCUGGGGAUUCUCCCACCUACUCUGGGGAUUCUCCAGGCCACACUGGGGACUCUCCAACUCACUCUGGGGAAUCUCCAGGCAAUGUUGGUGAAUCUCCAACCCACUCUGGAGAUUCUCCAGGCAAUGCUGGGGAUUCUCCCACCCACUCUGGGGAUUCCCCAAGGGAUACUUAG